AUGCACGAGACCCUUCACGAGAACAUCAACAACCACAUCAGUAUGAAGGGGAAGAUCAAGACGAAGGAGAAGGAGAAGAAGAAAUUGAUGCGGAGAGUGGUUAUGCUCAGUUGGCGCAGCGGCUGCCGAACUUGUAUUGCCCUUGCUGCAGCAGAAGCAGUUGAUGUUGCUGCCCCACCGAGUUUCCGCUACAGGGACUGCAUUCUUAGCUACCGGUUGAAGCUUGUUAAGAGCAGUCACAAGGCGGGGGUAGAUCUUAAAGCGACCAAUCUAGUUGUUCAACGGCGAAUUGCUUCAGCGAUGCUGGUGGAUACACACUCAAGCCUGGAAGACAAGACACGACGACUGUCACCGGAAGAAGAAAAUAUCUUGGUGAAGUGGGACGAGCGGCUUAACGUUGAACACCAUGCGCUUAGCUCGAUUCUGGAGCAACUGGAGGUUGAAAGAUACGAAAGACCCGCUGGACGUCACAUUAUGGACCUGACAACUGCGAUGAAGCCCAUUGUUGAGGCAGUAGCAGCAACGGGGCAGCAAGUGUUGGAUGUGGGACGUCAGGUAGAGAUGCAGCUAUCCGGGCAGAAGGACCUCCCGUGGGCGCCCCAACUGUUUCUGGAAAGCGUUGAAAAGCAACUAAAACCUGUUUUAGUGUAUGCGAAGGUGAGAAGAGGGGCUGUCCAAGAGUGUGUGAUUGAGGUUUGCCAGGCCGUGCUUAGUGGCAUCCUUAUACCGUCAGCUUACAUCAUUAGAUGA